UCAAAGAAUAAAAAUACUCACCUGUUUGUAGGUCAGUCCUGUUAUCUCUGCCAGCUCUUCCAUUUCAGGUGGUUUGAGAUGAGUCUGCAGACUGAAGCAAUGGAGAAGGAUAUUGCCUCUCUAUUGCCUUCUAUUGUGUUUCUCUGUAGUCUUUGGAGCAGUGCUGGGAGCAUGCAGAGCACCGGUGUUGUCCUCGUUCCUUGGGACAGCAAGAACCUGUUCCUCCUCUGUGGCAGAGCUGGAAAUUACUUCAGCAGUGUCCGAGUUGCUGUUCAUCUCAUUAUGGAGAGCAUUCUCAGCCCAUGUAAUGUCUGCCAGGUGGUGACUCCCUUCAAGGUUGCUGCCUGAACUCCAUCAAUGAGCAUAAAGAGUGAGGCAAACUCCAGCCAGCAGGCCGUAACACCACGAUCACGCUCAGGCAGGCAGAGCAGCCGACAACGAGCGCAUCCAAGACGGAAGCGUGGCAAGAGAGGAGGGCUACAUGCUAAACUAAAGGCUAGAGCCACACGACCACCAUUGCCCAGCCUUUUGGUAGCUAAUGUCCGCUCUCUCGAAAACAAGAUGGACGAGCUGAGAGCUAGGACAAUAGCUCAGCGGGAGAUCAGGGAGUGCUGUGCUCUGAUCUUCACGGAAACCUGGAUCACUGCAACUACGCCGGACUCGGCCAUUCAACUACAGACCCACUCAGUGCACCGCGGAGACCGCACAUCUGCCUCGGGUAAAAACAAAGGUGGCGGUGUAUGUGUUUAUGUCAACAAGCGAUGGUGUGUGGACGUUCAGGUGGUGGAGAAACACUGUUGUACUGACAUCGAAGUGUUGAUGGUGAAGUGCAGACCCUUUUAUUUACCGAGGGAGUUCAGUGCUGUGUUAAUGCUGGCUGUUUAUAUCCCGCCGCGAGCCGAUCGGACCACAGCGCUAGGAGUACUGCACGACAUCAUCAGCAAACAUGAGACCGCCCACCUAGAUCCUCCCAUCGCAGUCGACUCUGCCCAUCUCGCCCCAGACGGCCGGCUGGUCCGUGCCACCAAACAGAGGCAUUUUCAUUCCAUCCGCAGUGUUUUCAGCCCUCCUAUCAGUGAUUCACAGCAAGCCAAAGUGGAGAGCCCCACCAACACAGCUAAUGCUCCUUUACUCACAGCUAUGAUGCCAGCGAGCAUCUGA